UUCAAAAUGAUUUGCAUUUGUGGAUCUUGAAAACAUGUGGAGUCCUUCACUUUAAAAGAAUAUCUGUGGAAGGGAAUCUAGUUGAGGCUGGGUUGCCCAAAGAUUUGCCUUUAAGUAAAUUUUUGGCAGAUUGUUUGCAACCUCUCUCCCCCGGGCAAAAGAGCUCAGCAAGAUUGCGACUCGUGGAGGAACACGAGGACGAGAACGAAGGAGUCAUUUCAAGUCUAUCUUUGUGUUACAAAAUGUUUCAUGGCCCCCGUUGAUGAUUUGCUUGAGGAGCCUGAAGUCAUAAUCGUCCCUGACCGCUGUUUGUACCAAGUUCCGUUUGCUGCUCUCCAUGAAAAGGAGGGGACCGAAUACCUGUCGGAGACUCAUAGGAUCCGUGUCAUUCCUUCUUUGACAACACUCAAGAUCAUUCAAGAUAGUCCAGAGGAUUAUCACAGCAACACUGGUGCCUCGGUAAUAGGCAAUCCCAAGGUUGAUCGGCUGCUGCCAUUGCCAGGUGCAAGAAAGGAAGCGGAGAUGGUCGGACGAUUGCUGGGUGUUCCGCCUCUGGUAGACGAGAAAGCAACGAAGCAGGCGGUGCUUGAGCGGAUAAGUUCAGUGAGCCUGAUACAUUUUGCUGCCCAUUGUAACGCCGAGAGGGGAGAAAUUGCCCUCUCUCCCAUUCCUGCUCCUAACAGUCGAAACGCUAUCCUACCACAGGAAGCUUACAUGUUGACGAUGGCUGAUGUCUCACGAGUAAAAAUCAGAGCUAAACUGGUGGUGCUUAGCUGCUCUCACAGUGGAAGUGGAGAGAUAAGAGCCGAGGGAGUUAUUGGAAUUGCCUGUGCGUUCUUAGGAUCCGGUGCUCGCUCUGUGUUGGUUGCGCUGUGGAUCAUUUCAGACUCAGCAACAGAGCAGCUGAUGAGUCGGUUCUACAAACACCUUGUUGAAGGAGAAAGUGCCGGUGAAUCCCUUCAUCAGGCCAUGAAGUGGAUGAGAAAAAACGGCUUUACCAAAGUGUCUGAGUGGGCUUCGUUUACGCUGAUUGGAGAUGAUGUGAGGCUCGAGUUUGGCAAGCAGAGGAAAGAAGAUGAGAAUAGCUCGAAGGAAACAGACCUUAGAGACUUUUAGACGGAUAACCAAAUAGAAUAAGUAGAGAAAAUACUCUAUCCGUUAUUUCAUUGUGUAAUUAAGGAAAGGGCAACCUCAAAUUAAGGAUAUUAAUUUCAAUUUUUUACAUUCUCUUUUCCGAUCUUCUCAGAAGGAGGUAUUGUUUACGUAUCCGAGAAUAUUUUUUCGGCACAAAAAUUAUCUUAUCCGGCCGCUAUAAUUAGCA